UCAUUGGUGGUGGUGUUUUAAGUUGUGGGCUAGUUUUUGCAAUCUGGCUAAACAACAAGAUUAAUAAUCAAUUCAAGAAGGCAAAUUCUUAUCAGAGAACGAAUACAAACUGCGAAAUGGACGAUGAAUUUGAGAAAGGAACCGGACCAAAGAGGUUCUCAUCUACCGAACUGGCUUUUGCAACUUGUAAUUUCAACGAGGAAGAAAAACUUGGGCAGGGAGGAUUUGGAGGAGUUUACAAAGGAGUGUUAAGUGAUAGAUUUGUGGCCGUUAAGAGGAUUUCUAAAGGAUCACAACAAGGAAAAAAAGAGUACCAAUCAGAAGUCAAAGUUAUUAGCCAGUUGCGGCAUAGAAAUUUGGUUCAACUUAUCGGUUGGUGCCAUGAAAAGAAUGAACUGAUUCUCGUGUAUGAGUUCAUGCCAAACCGGAGUCUCGAUAAGCAUCUAUAUCAGGGGAGAAAUUAUGUUCUCAAUUGGCAAGUCAGGUACAAAAUAGCUCUUGGGUUGGCUUCUGCAUUGGUAUAUCUACAUGAAGAAUGGGAACAAUGUGUAGUUCACAGAGAUAUAAAAUCAAGUAAUAUAAUGCUGGAUUCAGAUUUUAAUGCUAAACUCGGGGAUUUCGGUUUGGCGAGGCUUGUUGAUCAUGCUUUAGGCUGUAAAACAACAGUCAUUGCCGGAACCAAGGGUUACCUAGCACCUGAAUGUAUGACUACUGGUAAAUCAAGUAAAGAAUCUGAUGUUUAUAGUUUUGGAAUUGUUGCACUUGAGAUUGCUUGUGGGAGGAAGCCGGUUCAGUCAACCGGAGAACUGUUAUCAGAGUGGGUUUGGGAUCUCCACGGAAGAGGGGAGCUCCUUGAAGCGUCUGAUAAAAAGUUAAGAAAGCAAUAUAAUGAGUCUGAAAUGGAACAGUUACUGGUUGUUGGAUUAUGGUGUACUCUUCUCGAUUCUACAUCAAGACCUUCAGCCACUCAAGUGAUAAAUGCUCUUAAGUUUGGAUCCUCAUUGCCUGAUCUCCUACCCAUGUUGGCGAGGACUUCAGGAAUGCGUCACGUUCCGUCAAUGGCUGGUUUUACCAAUACGCUGGUGGGAAGAUAGCCAGAAUUUUUGUAGAUGCGAUUUCCUGUAAUUUUUCUGAAUAUAAUUGAAGUGUCAUGGU